CGCAGAGCCCCUCGUUGCGCUCGGCAGCGCGGCCGCCGCUUUCUCCUCGGACGUUGGCGCCAGCCUCAGCAGCCGCAUUGGAUCCCACCGCCUACUGCGAGACUCCGGUGUACAACCCGGAUCUCUGCCCCAACAUGAUCGCGGCCCAGGCCAAGCUGGUCUACCACCUGAACAAGUAUUACAACGAGAAAUGCCAGGCGCGGAAAGCUGCCAUCGCCAAAACCAUCCGCGAGGUCUGCAAAGUGGUGUCGGACGUGCUCAAGGAGGUGGAGGUGCAGGAGCCGCGCUUCAUCAGCUCCCUCAACGAGAUGGACAACCGCUACGAGGGGCUCGAGGUCAUCUCGCCGACGGAGUUCGAGGUCGUGCUCUACCUGAACCAAAUGGGGGUUUUCAACUUCGUGGACGACGGCUCCCUGCCGGGCUGCGCCGUGCUCAAGCUGAGCGACGGCCGCAAGCGGAGCAUGUCGCUCUGGGUGGAGUUCAUCACGGCCUCGGGCUACCUCUCGGCGCGCAAGAUCCGCUCGCGCUUCCAGACGCUCGUGGCGCAGGCCGUGGAUAAGUGCAGCUACCGCGACGUGGUGAAGAUGGUGGCGGACACGAGCGAGGUGAAGCUGCGCAUCAGGGACCGAUACGUGGUGCAGAUCACGCCCGCCUUCAAGUGCACGGGCAUCUGGCCGCGCAGCGCGGCGCACUGGCCGCUGCCGCACAUCCCCUGGCCGGGGCCCAACCGCGUGGCCGAGGUGAAGGCCGAGGGCUUCAACCUGCUCUCCAAGGAGUGCCACUCGCUGGCCGGCAAGCAGAGCUCGGCCGAGAGCGACGCGUGGGUGCUGCAGUUCGCCGAGGCCGAGAACAGACUGCAGAUGGGCGGCUGCAGGAAGAAAUGCCUCUCCAUCCUCAAAACGCUGCGCGACCGGCACCUGGAGCUGCCGGGCCAGCCCCUCAACAACUACCACAUGAAGACUCUGGUUUCGUACGAAUGCGAAAAGCACCCGCGCGAGUCGGACUGGGACGAGUCGUGCUUGGGCGACCGCCUCAACGGGAUUUUACUGCAGCUCAUCUCGUGCCUCCAGUGCCGGAGGUGCCCGCAUUACUUCUUGCCCAACUUAGACCUGUUUCAGGGCAAGCCGCACUCGGCCCUGGAAAACGCGGCCAAACAAACGUGGCGACUCGCUAGGGAAAUACUCACCAACCCGAAAAGUUUGGAGAAACUUUAGAGGUGAAUUUAAAAAUGCAAAAACAAACGGGCCUCACCGGUACAUCUGCUUAUAUCCCGAUGAAGUUUAAGCUUCCUGUUCGAAAAGUCGAAAAUUUCCACUUGACGACGCAAACAAUAUUCUCUUUUUUUAAAAGGAAUAUAGCCUAGGCUCUUC